UAUCAGGUAUGGCGGCAAAGUACCCCCAAGAGGAUUAUGUCGAAGACGGCAAAGAAUCAAAGAAUCAACCUCAAUAUGGAGAGUCCCAUACUUUAAGGACACCAAUUGAGGCAAACUCUAUUGUGGUGGACACUAGUGAUGCAAAAGAAGAUCAAAACAUCAAAGCACAAGUUGCCAAAGUGUAUUAUCGUUCUUGGUCGGAGGGUAGUGAUGGUAACAGUAGCAAUAGUUCACUGAACGUAGAAAGCUCAAAUUUUGCAAAACUGUUUCUUUUGUCAACAAAUAUUUGCCAGGAUGUUAUGCGCGAGAUUAUUCGGAAGAAGAAUCCCAAGGGGCCCACAGAUGCUGAUUUGCAUAACAUUAUUUGUACCAGUGAUACAUUAAGACAAAGGGUGCAGCGUUAUACUAGUGAGGAUAUGCUUUUAUUUCCGAAAGGUGAAGAAACAGUGCGGUACGAACAAUUAGAUUUCUCUGCAAUGUAUAAAGUUGCUAGAUUUGCGAUUCCAAAACAAAUCGCACCAAACAAGUCUUGGUCCUCCUCACCAAAUUCUGAGUCAAACUGUUUGAUGUCAUGCAUAGAAAAACUUCGUAAAUUUCGGAAUGAUUGCUCACAUUCACCAAGAGGAUCUAUCGUUAAGAGUAAUUUCGAAUCCAAGGUUAACGAAGUUACAGCAGUGAUAUUGCAGAUCGAAACCCUGAUUCAUACACCUAAUAAAUAUUCUCAGCGAGUGCGGCGUCUAACAAAGGCAUCGUUGUCUCCAAGGGUAAGCGAGCUGGAAGCAAAAUCUGUGGAUCUUGAGAAACAAAUUGAUGAUCUGAAAGACUCCCUUGCUAAGCAGACAGAAAUUACAGGUUUAUUCAACGAAUGGAAAACACACCAGCAAGAACUAUUAGAUGUUCACAGAAAGCUUGAAGAGCUGUAUAAAGGAUCUAGCCCUGAUACCGAGGAGCGGCUUCCAUUACUGCAAAGAAAUCUGAAUGUGGAAUCAAUCGGUGACGCGAUGAAGGAUCAGCUUGCUGCAAGUCUAGCAGAAGAAGAAUUCUUUUGUGAAACCAAAGGCACGCGGGCCGCUAUGAAACAUUUGAUUGAAAACAAGAUGGUCGUUAUAGUGGGGCGAAAAGGUAAUGGGAAAGAACGACUUGCCCAACACUUACUAUUUUCGUUGAUGUCAAAAUCAGAAUGCCAAACUCAUAUCUUAGACAGUGUUAAUGAUAUCAGAAAGUGCUUCAAACAAAAAGCACGUGAAACCGAAAUUGUGUUAUUGCAUGAUGUACUCAUCGACAAAGCCACAAAACGAACAAUUAUGAAACUAGAAGAAGAAAUAUUCAAAAAGAGUUCAAAUAGAUACCUCAUUAUCACAUCUCUUUACACAACACAUCUUGCAGGUCUAUCGAAUCUGGUAAAUCUAUCAAUCAGAGAAUUUCAACUGUCACCAUCGGAAAAAAGGAAGCAUGUUGAGGUCACAUCUUGACCGACGUUCAAAAGCAACACAUGUCUCUAAAUCUUGUUUGUUAGAAAGAGAAAUAAAUGAAAUUCUAGCUAUAGAAUGUACACUAGAAUUUCCUCUAGCAUGCGCACUCUUCACGUCAGAAGAAAAGUAUUAUUCGAAGGGAGUAAAUUUUUUUCGCUACCCAAUAGAUUAUUUUCUUGCAGAAUUAAGAUUUCUUACAAAGAGUGCAGACUACAAACUUUUCUUUGAAUUACUACUCAGGCAAGAUGGAAGGUCGCCUUUGUCUUUUGUCAAUGACAACCAUAAAUUCUAUCAAGCCAAUGGGACACAGGGGACAGACUUCGCGAGGCAGAUUUAGAACUCAAUGACCUUGCCGACUUAGGCGAAGAGCUGUCCCAACAAGGUAUUCUUGUUCAUAGAAUAUCUCAUACGCAAAAAGGAUUCGAAUUCAGUAAUGAUACAGUCGAGCAGGCGGCACAAAUUUUGUUACUAGAAACAAAUUUCACCCAGGCAUUAGACAUUCUGAGCUCUGAUGCCUUACUCCGCUGUGUCAUAACCAAUCCUGAAAUAGAAGAAAGUUGUCAUUUUAAGAUGCGUUCUGAAACGAUCAAACUCGUUUCGCUAAAAAGGUUCUGAGUGAUGUUUUUUCUGGAAAGGUCAGUCAUGAUAUCUGGGACAACAAUAUAAAAAUUUGGCACAGCGAAGAUUUUGUUGUCCUUUUUGUUCAAAUUCUGCUAAACAUGCCCCAGAAUGAAGAAAGUCGUCGUAAUGUGGUCUCCACAAUACUGAAGAAAUGCGCAGUGAAUCGUUUGCUUUGUUUGUGUAAGGCAUUGGUGAAGAGUCCUAGAACGUGUCACAUUUUCUCUCGAGAUUAUGGGAAAACUUCUAUCACAAACUUUGCUUGAUGCUUGUCAAGUACAUGGAAAUAUUGCAGUUCUGAUGGAACUCGUUAAUCAUGAAGCUGAUUUAAGCUUUUGCACGGCAUGUGUCAGUGCAUCUGAAAAAAAGCACAAGUGUCCACUCGAAUGUGCGGCAGAAGCAGGCGACCACGAAACAGUACAUUUUCUACUGCAAUGCGGUGCAAACGUUCCACACAGCAAAUGGAAAUUUUGGGAUUUCUUAAAAGUAGCCGCUGAAUCGCAAGACACUUUUGUGUGUAACGUCCCGUUCAUUAAACAACUGUCUAGGUGUUGUAGAAGCAAAGGAACCUAUGUAAAUACAACAAUGGAGGAAUUUGUAGAGAGGGGGUUAAAACUGAACCCCAGUAUUGAUUAUGACAGAAAACAAUUCUUCUUUGAUUGUCUUUUAUUAAUAGGAAUAAACGAUAAUUUGUACCAUGCUUUUAAAACAACAGUACUUCAGACCGAGAAAUUGCCAGCAGACGGUCAAUGUGAAAACUCUUGCCACAAGGUUCUUGAAUCCUUUCUUGACCCUGAUUUGGAAUUUCGUACGUUGGCCACAUUAGCAAAUGUGGAAUUCGACAUGCUUAAUGAGAAGAAUAAAUCUGGAAAUACCCCAUUGGCAAAAGCUGUUUUACUUGGGAAGAGCCACAAAAUCUUGUCACAGAUGUUGCUUCUAAAUGCAAAUACAGAUGAAACAGAUUCUAAUGGAAGAACCGCAUUGCAUUUGGCCAUCAUAUCAUCGCAUCCAGACCUAUGGGUCCGAAAGUUUGUAAAUACACUUGCAGGACCAAAUAUCUGUUGCAAAGAUAUUAUGGAUGUCACCCCUGUCCAGUUAUGCAUGGGAAAGGGUCGGCAUCGAAUUACCACUCUUAGACGAUUGCUCGAAAUACAAAGAAAAGAGAGUGCCCUACCAACAUCUCUGGUACACGAUUGUAUCAAUAUGUCAUUACCAGAAGAAGACAUGUUGGAAAUUUUGUCAGUUCUUAAAGAUAUUGGUGUCAACCCCAAUACAGGGGACGGUUGUAAGUGUAAGCCUAUAGCAAGAGCUGCGAAGCAUUCGCACUUCAACAUUGUAAACGCUUUGCUCCAAUGGAAUGCAGAGGUAGAUGAUAUAGACAGUCACGAAAACACGCUAUUACACUAUUGUUGCUUUGCAGAUGCACGAAACGGAGAAAAGAUUCUCGAUAUAUAUAGCAAGUAUCAUUCAAAGAAUGUUACAACGAUCAACAGACAGAACAAAGUCGGGAGAAAUGCUAUAAUGGCCUACUUAGCAGACCCUUCUCUUACUUACAGUAGUAACAUAAUCUGGCGUUUGCUUAAUAUGGAACCAGAUCUCACAAUUCAAGAUGCUGAGAAAAACACAGCAUUGCAUUAUUUAAUGCAAUCUACUUUACCAGAUGAAGAAGUUUUAAACUUCACUCAGGUUAUGGUCAAUGAUUUUCGCGUAUCGAUUUCGAUCUGCAACGCACGUUCUUUAAGUCCGCUGAUGGCGGCUCUUUCUGCCAAGAAAUCACGAUACAAGACCGUAAAGUUUAUUUUGUCAUUGCCAGAACAUCAAACUCCUAUACUAUCAUCGGAAAUGGGAGUACUCCAUCACUGCAUUACAAGUUGUAUGGCAGAUCAUGAAGUACAUGAAAUAUCUCAAACGCUGAUCCAGCAUUGGGGAGUUUCCACAAACAAGCCCGACGUCACUGGUUUGUCGCCAUUGCUCGCAUCUAUCCAGCACUCAUCGUCGCGAUGCAGGACAAUCGCAUUGAUACUGAAAUGCUCUUCAGGAGAACUGUGCACUGGUGUGCUUUCGGAGCUGAUUAAGCACAGUAGAUUAGACGUAGAUGUCGUCCAAGCAAUGCACAAGGCAAACAUUCCUAUUUUCAAAACGGUAGACCAACUUGGCUAUUCAAUAUUCCAUUUUCUCAUUCAGAAUGCCAGCCAUUUCCAUGCAUUUCCUGAGCUUGUGGCUUCUUUCUUGCCUUUUGGACAUGACAUCAACCAUAUUGACUCAGAGGGGCUUUCCCCAUUAUUUCAUGCAUGCAGAGAAAAUUAUCCAGAAUCAAUCGUUUCCUCUCUUUUGUCGAACGGCGCCAGGGGACACAUAUCAACAAGGAAAGAAUCAGCGUUACAUAUUUGUAUCAGAUCAAAGCGAAAUGAUUCCGAAACAAUGGAUAUUGUUUCAGCCAUUCUUAGAAGUAAAACUGUUGAAAUCAAUACUCCUGAUUCCUACCACACAACGGCUCUGGCAGAAGCUAUUUCCCAGGGAAAGCUGCUCACUGCCAAGACAUUAUUAGAAAACGGAGCGGAUCCUAACAUCCCCGACAGAGAAAACAGGACGGUACUACACCACAGUGUAGCAGGUAACUGGUCAGACCAGAAAACUUGUGCAUUCCUGCAAUUAUUUCUACCAGUAUGCCAGAUUGAUAGACACGAUGGGGAUGAUCGUUCUGCUUUGAAUAUAGCCGCAUGCCAUGUUUCAUUCAGUAGAAUCUUUAGUAUUCUCAAACUGCUGUCUGCUGGCAGUAGCAAUAAGACGGUUGACCGCCUCGGUCGUUCACCGUUGCAUAAUACUUUGCGGUGUUUGACAGGAAAUUUAGCUUGCUGCAAGUUAGAAAGACUGUGUCGCAUUGAAAUAUUUCUCAGUUUCAGCAUGAGUCCUAUUUGCAAAGAUGAUGAUGGAGAAACAGCAAUUGACGCAUGUAGUAAAGAAAAUAUGUUAGACGAAAUCAAGCUUUUGAACAGGAAACAUAAGGCAAUAGGACUCUGCGAAGAGAUCAUGUCUAUGCUACAGUUAGGUGAGGGUAAUUCAGACCCUGGAUGUCUCACAUUUACCGAAGAUAUCGAUAAAACCGUUGUAAACGAGGACAUGCAUAGAAUUCUGAAAGAGGUAGCCUACAAUUUACACGAAAUAAAUAUUUCAAUACUUUAGAUAAAAUCUCAAACUCCUAAACUUCCUCGACCUGUCGUCAAAAUUAUUUUUGCAUAUCUUGAUUACACUUUUAAAAAAUCGGCCCUUUGAUAUCUAUAUUUAUACAAUAUGAUCUUUAAGGCUGACACUUUAAUCAAGCUGCAUUCUAAAUAUACUCAGAACAUCAAAACAUUUUCAGAAAAAGGCAAAAGUCUCUUAAGGUACAUGUCCACAGUUCUAACAUAAAAUCUCCGUUCAGGUUUAUUUUACCUGUAAACCCAGGGCUUCUUACGAAAGAAACACAGGUAAAACCAUAGCUAAACUCGCAAACACCCUGGUGUUUGUACAAACUAUUUCAAUGGCAAAUAAUAUUUACUGGAAGUCUGGUCAUGAACCUUAAGAAGAGAUAAAUGGUGUUAAAUUCUUUUUUAGUCACAUCUAUGUUGAAUAGUUGUGAUUGGAAGAUAACCAAAAAUAAGGUAUCUGAUGAGCUAAUAAACAAUAUGUAAGCUUUGUGUAAAAAUCUGUUUAUAAUGAAACAAGUACUAGUAUAGCUUAUUGUCCAUAAUUGGCUAUGGUAUGAUGUGACGUGAUGAAAUUCGGGCUUCUGCUCGAUUUCCAUGCUGUAUAUUCGGACAUGCGUGCUGGGUGUGACUGCAACUGUUCGUAAUGAUCGUUGACUUGUCAUGAAUAUCUGUACACGUAUAGCUAUAGAUAGGUAAACUUACAGGUAUAUUCACCGUGAUGCCAUUCACGAGUAUUUCGGAAGGUAAGGGUCGAGUGAAUAUGAAUGUUACGCAGGAAUAAUUUAACAAAUAUUUUCAUAUGCUUAAAUAUGUAUGUUAUCAGCCAAUAAUGUGAAAAAUAACGUCACUGUUUGCAACGUCACUCGACUACAUAACAACAUAUUCAAGCUAAUCCUUAAUUGAUACAUUACUGACUGGAUGAAAUCGCCCAGUUAAAUCCUCAAUUAUUAAUUGCUUAGGAAAGCUAAAAGAUUCCUUUUGAAGAUUGGUACAUUGCAUAUAUUUUUAAAAAGCUUUUUGUAAAGGAAUUUAAUUCUAGCACUGUAAUUACAGUGAGUAUUGCGUGGUUUAUCUGCUAAUAUUUUCAAGAAAGAAUAGAAUUAUUGAAACUCUUGCCACUGUAAUUUACCUUAAGCAAUAUUAUGUGUACAUAUUUUAAUUCUUCAUAGCCAAUUGCAGAGGAGUACUGUGUUAAAACCCCCAUCACAGACAAACAAAGCUAAUAAAGACUGCACUGCGUCCUGAAAAUUUCGAGAAACGCAAAGAUGAUCAAAACGGACAAUUAUACAGGAAUGCACAUGUCCUUCACGCCUUUAUCGGUUUCUACUGCGUUCUUAAUACGCUGUACAAAUUAUUACUGAUUCUUUCUGCGUUCUCCAAAUUUUCCCUGGACGUUAUUGAAUGUAUUUGCAACAAGUGUGAUGGAGGUUUAAUGGAAUUGUUUGUAGCUGCGUUUUUUCUUUGUAUUUUUACUUAAACUGUUGGUUGUACAUAAUUAACGAUACUAUUAUUUACCUGUGUGUGUUUGAAUAUACUGUAAAUAUAGAUACCAAUUGUAAAAUGUUGUUUUUGUUUGAUAUCAUUUUUAAUUUACCUUAUAUAUUAAGAUAUAUUGAGUACUGUACAGUGUAUAAUGUAUAUUUUAUGAUUCACUUAACACACAUGGAAAUACUCGAAUUGUAAUCGAGUUGAAUAUUUUAGUUAUUACUUAAUGUUUAUUUUAAAUAAUACGUUUGUAAGGUACAUGGUCUUAUACGUGAUGUACAUGAUCCUUGUUACGUAAGGUACAUUAUCUUUGUUACGUAAGGUGCAUGAUCUUUUAUACGUAAAGUACAACGUACAAGAUUUUUUUAUACGUGAUGUACAUGGUCUUUUAUACGUAAGGUACAUGAUCAUUUAUAAGUAAGGUACAUGAUUUUUAUACGUAAGGUACAUGGUCUUUUAUACGUAAGGUACAUGGUCUUUAUUACGUAAGGUACAUGGUCUUUAUUACGUAAGGUACAUGAUCUUUGUUACGUAAGGUACAUGAUCUUUGUUAAGUACGGUACAUGAUAUAUGUUACGUAAGGUGCAUGGUCUUUUAUACGUAAGGUACAUGGUCUUUAUUAAAUUAUGUACAUAGUCUUUAUUACGUAAUGUAUAUUAUCUAUGUUGCGUAAUGUACAUGAUAUUUGUUACGUAAUGUACAUGGCCUUUGUUAACAUAAGAUACAUGAUCUUUUAAACAUAAGGUAUAUGAUGUUUUAUACGUAAUGUACAUGAUCUUUGUUACGUAAUGUAUAUGAUCUUUUUUACGUAAGGUACAUGAUCUAUAUUACGUAAUGUACGUGAUCUAUGUAACGUAAUGUACAUGAUCUAUGUUACGUAAUGUACAUGAUCUAUAUUACGUAAUGUACAUGAUCUUUGUAACGUAAUGUACGUGAUCUAUGUUACGUAAUGUACAUGAUCUUUGUUACGUAAUGUACAUGAUCUAUGUUACGUAAUGUACAUGAUCUUUGUUACGUAAGGUACAUGAUCUAUGUUACGUAAUGUACAUGUUCUAUGUAACGUAAUGUACAUGAUCUAUGUUACGUAAUGUACAUGAUCUGUGUUACGUAAUGUACAUGAUCUUUGUUACGUAAUGUACAUUAUCUAUUUUACGUAAUGUACAUGAGCUUUGUUACGUAAUGUACAUGAUCUUUGUUACGCAAUGUACAUGAUCUUUGUUACGUAAUGUACAUGAUCUUUGUUACGUAAUGUACAUUAUCUAUUUUACGUAAUAUACAUGAUCUAUGUAACGUAAUGUACAUGAUCUAUGUUACGUAAUGUACAUGAUCUUUGUUACGUAAGGUACAUGAUCUUUGUUACGUAAUGUACAUGAUCUAUGUAACGUAAUGUACAUGAUCUAUGUAACGUAAUGUACAUGAUCUAUAUUACGUAAUAUACAGGAUCUUUGUUACGUAAGGUACAUGAUCUAUGUUACGCAAUAUACAUGAUCUUUGUUACGUAAUGUACAUGAUCUUUGUUACGUAAGGUACAUGAUCUAUGUUACGUAAUGUACAUGAUCUUUGUUACGUAAGGUACAUGAUCUUUGUUACGUAAUGAACAUGAUCUUUGUUACGUAAUGUACAUGAUCUAUAUUACGUAAUAUACAGGAUCUUUGUUACGUAAUGUACAUGAUCUUUGUUACGUAAGGUACAUGAUCUAUGUUACGUAAUGUACAUGAUCUUUGUUACGUAAGGUACAUGAUCUUUGUUACGUAAUGAACAUGAUCUUUGCUACGUAAUGUACAUGCUCUUUGUUACGUUAUGUACAUGAUCUAUAUUACGUAAUGUACAUGAUCUAUGUUACGUUAUGUACAUGAUCUAUGUUACGUAAUGUACAUGAUCUAUGUUACGUAAUGUAUAUAAUGUACAUGAUCUUUGUUACGUAAUGUACAUGAUCUAUAUUACGUAAUGUACAUGAUCUAUGUAACGUAAUGUACAUGAUCUUUGUUACGUAAUGUACAUGAUCUUUGUUACGUAAUGUACAUGAUCUAAAUUACGUAAUGUACAUGAUCUAUGUUACGUAAUGUACAUGAUCUAUAUUACGGAAUGAACAUGAUCUAUGUUACGUAAUGUACAUGAUCUUUGUUACGUAAGGUACAUGUUAUUUGUUACGUAAGGUACAUGAUCUAUGUUACGUAAUGUACACGAUCUUUCUUACGUAAUGAACAUGAUAUAUGUUACGUAAUGUACAUGAUCUUUGUAACGUCAUGUAUGUUGUCUAUGCAACGUAAUAUACAGGAUCUUUGUUACGUAAUGUACAUGGUAUUUGUUACGUAAUGUACAUGGUAUUCGUUACGUAAGGUACAUGAUCUUUGUUAUGUAAUGUACAUGAUCUAUGUUACGUAAUGUACAUGGUCUUUGUUAAAUAAUGUACAUGACCUAUGUUACGUAAUGUACAUGAUCUAUGUUACGUAAUGUACACGAUCUAUGUUAAAUAAUGUACAUGAUCUAUGUUACGUAAGGUACAUGAUCUUUGUUAAGUAAGGUACAUGAUCUUUGUUACGUAAUGUACACGAUCUUUCUUACGUAAUGAACAUGAUCUAUGUUACGUCAUGUAUGUUGUCUAUGUUACGUAAUAUACAGGAUCUUUGUUAUGUAAUGUACAUGGUAUUUGUUACGUAAUAGAAUGUUUUUUUGUUACGUAAGGUACAUGAUCUAUGUUACGUAAUGUACAUGAUCUUUGCUAUGUAAUGUACAUGGUAUUUGUUACGUAAUAGAAUUUCUUUUUUGUUACGUAAGGUACAUGAUCUUUGUUACGUAAUGUACAUGAUCUUUCUUACGUAAGGUACAUGAUCUUUGCUAUGUAAUGUACAUGGUAUUUGUUACGUAAUAUAAUGAUUUUUGCUACGUUAUGUACAUUGUUGUUUUUUCUUUCUAGAAUGUCCCCUUUUUUCUAUUGUUUAGAAAUAUAUUAUCAGCACAUAACGUAAACUUUACAUCGACUUUUGUAACGUCACAUUUUACUGGCUGGUAUAGCGGCGUAAGGAAGUGUGAGAGAAAAGAUUCUCUUACCCUGGAUAGGGAUUUUCUUAUCUCACCCUAGGGAAAAGACAAGCUAUACGUGCUCUUUGGACGUGCUCUUGUUCUCGAUUGUCAAGUUCCCAAACACUCGAUCUCACCCCAAAAGGGGUAAAAGAUUAUAUUAGUCCUUCACUAAAAGUGUAUUUCCACCGUGAUUAUAAACAUUGCAUUAGAUUAUAAGAAUUAACGGAAAUACAUGUCUUGUGUUAUAGAGUGUACCUUUAUAAUAACCAACUUUAUUGUUAAUGUAGAGUACUAUCUGUUUUUGUCUCAUGGAUUGUACCCUUAUCAUAACCAACUUUAUGUUAAUGUAGAGUACUAUCUGUUUUUUGUGUUAUAGAGUGUACCCGUAUCAUAACCAACUUUAUUGUUAAUGUAGAGUACUAUCUGUUUUUGUCUCAUGGAUUGUACCCUUAUCAUAACCAACUUUAUUGUUAAUGUAGAGUACUAUCUGUUUUUUGUGUUAUAGAGUGUACCCGUAUCAUAACCAACUUUGUGGUUAAUGUAGAGUACUAUCUAUUUUUUGUGUCAUGGAGUGUACCCUUAUCAUAACCAAAGUCGUGGUUAAUUUAGUGUACACUCCGUUUUGUUUGUUUAUUUAUGUUUGUAGUUUUUUUUUUGUGUAACAAAAAUGAAUUCAAGUAACUCGUUAAAUAACGAUAUGAGGAAUAAUCCAUUAAUAGCUAUGAGUAACUUACCAACAACCUUAUCAAUUGUGAUUUUUAUUUUACAAAUAUAUACCAUAUGACAAGAUAUCAGGCUAAGCUUAUAUCAAACUUCUCCGUGUAUAAAUAGAUGAUUUAAAAAUGAAACAAAUAGAACAAAUUGAAGCAGAUAAAUAAGAACAUAUGAUAUAGACUGGUCAAUAUAGAGAUGUCAUAUUUGUACUGAUAAUAUGUUACUAGUUAAAGGGAGAUAAUAACUUAAUUUAAGUUUACAGUAUGCAUAUCCUAAAAUAAAUAUCAUUACAUAUAAAUGAUAACAUUGCAAAGAUACAUGUACAUUACAUGUAGCUGUUGGAAUGGUAUCAAGUCUUCAAUCCAUCAACACAAGGACUUCUAGUAUCUCCGCUAGCCUUCCACCCAGUUGUGCUAGAUUCAGUCCGGAUGCCCACCAAUCAACCAAAGAUUUCAUAAAUAUCAUAGUGAACAUUAACAAUGAAAAUUUAGAGUAAAGUGCUGCGGAUGUUAUCAUAUAAAUAACAUUAAAAUAAUAGUGAUAUGAGGUUCCUCUCCUCUUUUACAUGUACAUAAUGGUGAAUCCAUCAGAUGGUCUUGAUGUCUGUCAAAAUUUGAAUUGCUUGUAUUGUCGCGAAAUUGAUAUAGUAUGAUAUUAUCUUUCCUUCUUCCAUUGUUUUUAAAUAUAUCUGUAGUUCAGAAUUCGAAGUAUACUUCUAAUCGAGGUUGAAAGGAGAAAUACCUUUAUUUUUAAUAUACUAUAUGGUGCGUGUAGGAUUUCAGAGUCAAAAGAAUCAAAUUCACACAGCAUUGUAGGGAAAAAACGGUAAGAUAUGUUUCUAGCCUACAUAAAG